CACGAAGCUUGAUACCCAAUUCUCAAUUGUGCUAUUCUUUUCAGGUCGGCGAUGUCGUGAGUUGCGGACAGUAUGGAGAUAAUCCCUAUAUCGUCCUUGUCGCCCUUCACGGCGCUCCCCAACGGCGGGUUCAAGGCACUGGUCACUCUAUUAUGGCCUUUCUCUUCGGCAACCGGACAAUGCGCUCUGCUGCUGGCCGACCCGGAUGCGCGACAGCGACACCAGAAAGGCCAAGUACGCGUGCGGUUUACUGGACCUAGUGCCCGUCAGAUCGCUACCUCUGGCGUUGGCAUUGGCGACAGCGUGCAAGUCGCGCUCGUUGGCGCGCAAUGGUUGACCGAGUCUGAUACGGCUUUAGUCAAGACACCUGGUAAAAGUGUAGAUGGCGAGCUCAUAUUCAAGAAUCGCCUGCAUAUGACUGUCAUACGCAAUGGCAAUGAGUUGCAAACAAUCGACAUAGACGAGCCUACCCAAGCCGCGUCACCGAAGCCUAGUAUGCUACCACCGAGCACGCCCGUCGCAAAAUCCAAACCUCGUUCCUCCUUCGAUGCAUACGGAGUCGCUGUAUAUUCUUCUCCUGCUUUUAUGAAGCGUUUGCGAUUGUCUGAAGGAGGCACAUCAUACUCGCCUGUACCCGUCUCUGAAGACGAUGAUCUGGAUAUUGUCGCAUCACGCAAGAGGAGGAGAGUUUCAUACAAGAAUGUUUCUGAGUGGAAGUUUGAUGCUCGAGAACCUUCUCCUGAGAAAGAACAAGAUACGUCCUUGGAAGAUGUCGAUGCAGACGAGGAACCGGUCGCAGAAGCAUCAAUCGCUGCAGAGAACAGUAACGGCACCGAUGCCCAGAAGAGCCAGGAUGAGGAGAUGCAAGAUGCUGAACCAACAGAGGUUGCUGGUCAGCAGAUUGCACAGCCCGAGGAUGACGCUCAGAAUGCCGAGCAACACGGCCAGGAGUCUGCUGGAUCAGCCUCCUUGGUCGAGAACGCAGAGAAGGAGAUGGUCGUGUCUGAAGCCAACUCGAAUGCUGAAAUCCAACCUCUAAAUGUGAAGGAGCCCGAAGAAGCAGAGGUCGAGAUGAGAGGCCAACAGUCCGCCGAAUUUACGAAACAGCAAGGAACUGCUGUAGAAGGAGAACCUCAGAUUGCUGAGGCUGACACAACCCUCGAAGCUCAGGCUUCUACCCGUCGUAUGCCUCCUCCGACUUUGCCACAUCUCAAUGUCUUGCCUACCGAAAGCGAAUUACUAGAACAAAUGGCCCGGAACGUGGAUAGACCUACAACGCCCAUUCUGCAGCCAUUGCUUACUGAGGGCUUACCUCUCCCAUCACCAUUUCCUACCAGCGCUCAAAAGAUACCCUCGCCCGUAUUCUCGAAUGCUACGACGAUGAAUGAAGCUGCUGAGGCAGCAGCAACCGAGACCCAUACAUCAUCUUCAGAACAGCAAAAUAUCGAAGUACCCACUCUAGUCAAGAGCGUUACUUCAUCACAAGAUGUAGCGAAGACUGGCACUAGUCCAGAAAAUGCCACUGAGGUCACUCAAGAGCCCUCAGUCGUUCCUGAGCUACAGACGCAAAGCACAACAAGAAAGGAUGCACCACUACCUGAGCCUGCGCCACCAUCAAACAACGUAGAGGUCGAUACCGAGUCCUCAGCGACGCCGGCGAAGCCUCGGACGAUUGCGGAUACCUACGAUGGUUACGCUGGCGAAACUCAAGUUGUGCUGUCAUCGGACAGCGAGGAUGAAGACGAUGAUGAUGAUGCCGCAUAUUUCGACAACGCUCCCGCAGUUGGCUCAUCACCAGCCUUGGCAGAGGCACAAAUCAACGGACGUUCAAGAGAAAAUCGGUUCGACGAUGAGAACUCCGCAGAAGAUGGGUCUGAUGCCGAUAUGGACUCGUCCAGCGACGACUCGGAUUCUGAUGUCGCAUCCUCCGUGUAUAACUCUGAACAAAUCGUAGCUCUACAAGAGGAAAGUGACCACGAAGAGCUUGUGGAGGAGCCAGAUUGGGACUUACUACAAAACAAAUUGGAUCAAGAGGAGGCUGCCAUCCGACAGUCAAGAGAAGACUUGACUGCAAGAGGUGGUGAGUUGACUGAAACAGCAGAGGACAUGCACAGAGACGAGGGAGAUGAUGCUGUGAUGCACGACGACAAUUCUGAAAUGGAUGACGAUAUGCUGGCUAGAAGUGACGAUGACAGCGAUGAUGAUUCCGAAGGGUCAGGCUAUUUCGACCGUGCUGUCAUGCCCGAGACCGAGGAGAACUCUAGUGAUGAAUCAGAGGUUGAGAUGGUGGAUCAAUCAUAUCACCCUUCGAUCCCUGAACGCGAUAUGUAUAGCCAUCCCUUCGGUCUCGACGGCGCACAGGCUUCGACACAAACGAGAACAGCUCUGCCGUCUCAGGCAACGUCCGCGGAAGGUUCUGUAGCAGGAGACGAGACAAUUGCAUGGCGCGAUAGAGAUGCUGCUGUAGAGGCCCUUGGUCAGCAAGCUCAACCUCACCAGACUGCGCAAGUGCAUCAGCAGCCACAACCUCCUCGAAACGUUCCGAUACCCCUCUCGUCUAGACUCGAAGUCGUAGAAUUGUUGGACGAUUCUGAAUCCGAUGAGGAAGAGGAGGACGAUGCGAACCCUGUCGUCCCCGUCCAACAUGCAAAAGUGAUACCAGAACCGGAUGCUGCUCAGGAGACCAUCAAUUUCCUGCCUUCGAUUGAGUUCGUCAAUCAUUUACUCAAUAACAAAGAGAGGGACGCGCACCUCGUACAGACUGGACCGGCCACUGCCAGUAUUCGCUUCGAGAUCAGAAAGAUCUCCGACCAAGCAAGCAAUCAGACUACCAAGUGGACCAAGUUCAACGCUCUGAAAGCAAUCUGCAAAAUUGGAGUCAAUGUGACAGGUGCGGCUGAUACUGGAAACAUGUUCGCUGAGGGUGUCAAGUAUCGUCUGAAAGAGGACGAAGUACUUGUCAGUGCUUGUUGGAAGAUUUACAACGAGUUGUCAAACGAGGAAAAGUAUCAUAUGGAACAGCCACCGGACAUGCUAGAAUGUCUCGCGGAACUGGAAGAAAAGCGAGAUUAUUGCUUUGAGGGCUUCGCAGACUUCUUGAAACAAUUCAGACAAACCUAUCACCAUCUGGCUGUUGAAACCAGAAAGGAGCAACCAGUCCAGCAGGCUGCACCUGCUCUUCUCGAAGUGGAGCCUCAAGUCACUCAAGAAGUCACUCACGAAGUUGCGUUACCGCCAACUAUGGAACACAAAGACCAACAACUAAGCGCCGUGGACGAGGUGGUUGUGCCAACUGCUGCCGUCAUCGAGGAUAAUACAGUCACGCCAGCCAGCCCUUCUAAGAUGGCUACAGAGGAACUGGCUGAAGCUGAACAACCUCAAGUUGAGCAUGAUGAUCAACCAUCUAUGGACGCUGAGGUGGCGCUUGCUGAGGCUGCUCAAUUGGAAACAUACGUGUUGCCACCUGGACCCUCUCCACAGUCCCAAUCAGUAUAUGAGAAUUCAGAAUCUCAAUUCGAGACUGCUGAAGAUGAACCCGAGGCGAUGAAUGUCGAAGAAGAUCGCGUCGAAUAUGUGAGCGAGGACGCAGGCGAACGUGAAAUUGACCCGGCACUGCUCGAAGAUCAAAGUGAAAGCGACUCUGCAUCGUAUCAAGGGCAUGAGAUUGAUCCGGCUCUACUUCAAGACGAGGAGUACCAUCACGAAAUUGACCCGGCAAUACUUGCAGACGGGAAUGACUCACCUUCCGAUGGCCACCCGACUCCAAUGCAAUUUGAUGAUGCCAUGUCUGACGCACCCGAGCCAGACGCUUUCUCACUCGCUGACGACGACGAGGCUGGUGUGCAGAGCCAACGCGAGAGGGAUGCUACUAUGUUAGAUGAAUCCAUGACAGACGAGCUUCCGGUUUCUCAGAAUGACGAGCAAUCUCUUACUCAGAUGGAUGAAGUUCCCAUGAAGCUCGAGGUCCAACCAAGUGUUGAGACAGACCCUGAACUUCUUGGAACUAUGAAGACCGAGGGCGCCCAAUUAGAGGCACCUCCAGUAUCUACACCAAGCCCAGAGGAGAUACAGCAGAUCAAAGACGAGAUACGUCCAGUGUCAAGCUCUAGCUUCAAAACUCUUAGCCCAAGCCCGGGUAUCCAAGCAUCUCAAUCCGUUGCUCCUUCAGCAACUCCUGGUAAUGCGUCUCAACUGCUAGAUCAGCCCAUCGAAGAACUCGACCUUUCUCAGGUUGAGCCAUCUUGGACUUCGCGUUUCUCGCAAUUUUCUCAGUCCAGAUCCUCACGUGCACAUACCAGAAGCGAGACAAUUCCUGACAGCGCCGACGAGGAUGCCACAGACUUGGUAGCAGAAGGCAGCGAAGGGUCUAGUAGAGCUGCAAGCCCAGAACCCAUGACUCAAGCAUCUCCUAAAAGCACCCAGAAAGCAGCAAACGAAAACUUGGUCCAGCCAUCACAAGAGUUGGGUACUGCUUUCUCACAAUUCUCCAAGCAAGCCCAUGGUCCUUCGGGAUUACAGUCACAGCUUGUUACCAUUGAUGAGACACCACCUCCUGAAGAGGACGAAGCUGCAGAUGAGAUAAGAUCACAAGCAGGUCUGGACGACGAACUGUUGGCAGACUAUGUGCAAGGGCCGUUGAAGCCUGCGGAAAUUUCGACGCCAUCCAAGUUGCCGUCGAUACCAUCAUCGACCCCGAGGAGCACGAAGAAGCCAGCCCGGCCUUUGACCUUGUUCAGGGGUCGAAAGUCAGUUGGUUCGCGACUUUCCAUUGGUGGUAGUGAGCAGCAAGCUGGACAAGAUGAGGUAAUGCAGGACGCUCUUUCUGGUGAUACGACAGUGCCUGCAACAACCGAAGUGUCAGGGGAAGGCACGAUCGAGGGCAAGAAGCGGAUCACCGAAGAAGUGGCGGAAGUCAUGACUGGCAUCGACACGGAAGGCACGACUGAUCUCGACAUGGAAGGCACGACCGGGGGCACUGCCGAGAGUGAGAAGCAGGUCCAGACUGACAAGGAUCCCGGUUCGCUUUCUGAUUCCCCUGUGACCGUGAAGGGUCAAUCACAACCCGCACAACCUGCACAAAACGCGCCUGUUGACACGGAAGCCAAGAAGAUCGUGCCUACCUCGACAGCUCCGGAGCCCGAGGUUUUUGUCGAACAGCCGCAAGUUUCUUCCGAAAUUGUACAAGCUACCAGCAACUUCCAGCUCAAGCCUACACUCAAACCGUUUGCAGAGGUAGAAGCAUCUCUGUUCGGCACGCCUGUUAAGAACAAAGCUGCGGCACCACAGGAACCUCAAUCCGCACCAUCACAAACCUGGCGUAACACACUCACAUCCAAGAUGAGUGAUGUGCCUCUUAUAGGCUCCUGGUUCACUCCCCGCCGCACCACUGUUGCGCAAAAAGCAGUCACCGAGCACAGAGCAACUACUUCCAGCACUUCGCUCCUCGAGGAGACACCAACCAAGGCUGCUCCUGCACCGUUGACUAAGCAAAUUUCUCGUCAGAGAUCGAUCUCGCCUCCUCCACUUCAACGAUAUGCAUCCCAAGGCACUUCGACAUCUCUGUCAUACUUUACUCCUCUGGCCGCUCUUCAUCAACAUCUGAACCAACAAUCGUCUCUCAUCGAUAUCGUCGCUGUCUGCACGACUUCGACAACAACAGCUGAACGUGCCAAAUCCGGUCCCAAAGAUUACUACACUACAUUCAGAAUUGUAGAUCAACCUCUUCACGAAUACAGCACUGCCUCGCAAACCACACCUGAAAAUGAUCAAAUCAAGGACGUCCGAGUCGAGAUCUUCAGACCUUUUAAGCAGAGUCUACCAAAAGCCGCGCCGGGAGAUGUUGUGUUGCUCAGGGGUUUUGUGGUCAGAUCUCGUGGUCACAAGAAUUAUCUGCUGUCUACUGCGGCCAGCGGUUGGUGCGUAUGGCGUUAUGACCAAUCCCCUACCGCUUUGGGCUACGAUGGCCAAGCAGAGGAAGACGACCGUCCCGUCUGGGCACGAAAAGGUGAUACCCAAAUAAUCACCGAAGAUGGCGUCAAGGAAGAGGUCACCGGUCCACCUGUCGAGAUUGGAGACGAAGAAAGAGAAAAGUUAGUCAUGGUCAGAUCGUGGUGGGAAAAUCUUCAGAAGGAGAAAACCAGUGAAGAGAGAAAAGACGAACCCGACGUCAUCAUGAUUGAUUAGACGAUGAGAAUAUUUUGUACACAAUCCAAUCGACUGAUUUUUACAUUCCUCGC